CAUUUAAAAGAACGGGUGCGACCCGGCCCCUGCAUUCGACGACAUGGAGGCAUCACGACGAGACCGACGAGACGGCGUGUCGCUGCUGCUCGCCGCGACGGCGAUCUUGGCCCUGACUUGGCAUGCGGCGUCUGCAUCGCCGGUGGUGACGGACGAGCAGCUGGCCAAGGCGGCCAAGAUGGUGAGAGGGGUCUGCCAGCCGAAAACGGGUGCCACGGACGCCCAACUCGACGCACUUGCCAGUGGGAUCCUCGGCGAAGAGAUGGAAGUUAAGUGCUACAUGGGCUGCCUGAUGGCCACAACCCGCACGAUCAAGAACGGCAAGAUCGACGCCAAGAUGAUGAAGAUGCAGGCCGAGAAGAUGAUGCCGCCCCACCGCAGGGACGCCACCAUCGAGUCGCUGGCCGCCUGCAAAGACGAGACUGGUGCCGAUAACUGCGAACUGGCCUUCAACUACCUCACGUGCGCCAAAAAGUUCAACCCAGAGAAAUUCUUCUUCCCCGCUUGAAGAGAGAGUGUCCACAGCAAAUGUACAAAAAAUAAAAUUUCUAAUGCGA